AUGCCCUCAGGGGAGCGGCGCGGUCGCGUGGGCCCCGUUCGUUUUAGAACCUUUUUGCGCAACACAGUCCUUGACGUCAUGCGCAGUCGCGGGUGGCUUGAGACCGACAGCGACCUCGGCUGGGACGUGUUUUGGGCGGACGUGGGGUGGAUUCGCGACGUGUACGACCACGUGCGGCUGGACGACAUGCAGCGGAUCAACCACUUCCGCAACCACUUUGAGCUGACGCGCAAGGACUUCAUGGUGAAGAACCUGAAGCGCAUGCGGAAGAGCCUCGAGCGCGAGGGGCGCGUGGACGAGGCUACGGAGUUUGACUUCUUCCCCGUCACCUUCUCGCUGCCGCAGGACUACGGCCUCUUCGAGAUGGAGUUUCGCCGUCAGCCGAACGCGAUUUGGAUCAUGAAGCCACCGGCAAAGGCGCAGGGCAAAGGCAUCUUUCUCUUUUCAAGGAUCUCGCAGAUUGCGGAGUGGCGGCGGGACUACAAGCAGCGGCAGGUGGGGGCGGUGGGUGAGAAGCCGGGGGGGCCAUACGGAACCGAACCGGUUGAGCCGUAUUUGGCGCAGCGCUACAUUGACAAUCCGCACCUGGUGGGCGGGAAAAAGUACGACCUGCGCGUCUACGUCCUUGUGACGAGCUACUCUCCGCUUACGAUAUGGCUGCAUCGCACUGGAUUUGCACGAUUUUGUCAUCAACGAUUCUCGCUGAGGGACAUUGACAACACCUUUAUCCACGUCACAAACGUUGCCGUGCAGAAAACCAAUCCAAAGUAUACCCCGUUGUCGGGGUGCAAGUAUGGGCUUCGCAACCUUCGCCAGUAUAUUGCCGCUUCGCGCGGUGUAGAGGCGGCCCAGAAGGUGUUUGACGAUAUACAGAACAUGAUUCUGCGCUCCUUGCAUGCUGUGCAAAAAGUUAUUGUGCAAGAUAAGCAUUGCUUUGAGCUUUAUGGGUACGAUAUCAUGGUGGAUAAUGACUUGCACCCUUGGCUUAUUGAAACAAACGCUUCUCCUUCACUCUCCGCCGAGACGCCUGCAGACUAUCACUUAAAAUUCAACAUGCUGGAGGACAUGUUCAACGUUAUUGAUAUUGAGAAGCGUCGUACGGGAGAUGAAAUCCGCGUGGGUGGAUUUGACUUGAUUUGGAAGAAUGGCGCGGUGGGUCCUCCCUCUCGCGUGGAUGCGAAGGGGGUUGGCGUCACACAGUCAUUUUUAGGCUGCGCAAACGAGUUUGAAAUCCCUAUUACGCAUAUGCGGAUGCCCCCACGGCUUCAGCAGAUGGACAGUAGCGAGCGAUUGUUGACGUAA